UAAAAGACACAAAGGAUAUAUGCAUUUUAGCUGGAUAUUUUUUUUUUUAAAGAAGUUAAGAAAGGCUGUCAUUUAGAAAAAAUAGUCAUCUAAUGAGCCAUCCAAAGAAAUUAGAUUUUUUUUAACAAUUUAAUGAAAUUCUAUAACAUGUUAUAAGUGAUACAACAGCUGUUAAGGCUUGUUUACCUUUUUUGAAUGGAGAUUUGAACAAAUGUAUAAUACUGAUAAUAUAAUGAAGUGAUGACGUUUUGUAUACAGAAGGUCCCAGGUCAACUUCACUGUGACAUCAUAAUGUUCUGCAGAAAUGCUUCUGGCACAUUGUUAAACACUGUAACUCAGGAACAGCAGGGGAGAUUGUGACCUUCAACCUGACUGGUUUGUGGAGGCAUACAACCGGUGAGGCGGUAAUUCUAGUUUGACACAUGUUUAGCAUGUAACACAUGAUAGGCUACAUGAAAAAAUUAACUUAAGUUCUCUGUAACUUUAUAUUGGUUGCAUGGCUACUGUGUUAGCAGCAAUGCAGAGAAUCCAAAUACACAUUUAUUCAUAAGAAUGUGUAGAUGAAUACUUGACUGUACAGCUCCAGCACACAUUAUGACCUGUUAUAUACCGUAGACAUUACACAAGCUUACAGGAACAUUUGGUGAUGAAGUCUUGUCAUCCACUGUGACAGGUCAGAACAUGAAGCGGAUCGUUUACAUAGAACGACAGGCUUAAUGUAUACUUACAGGAAGUACAGUGUACGUGUGGUUCUGUAAGCAGCCACAGAUAACCUGAUGAAAGCCAACAAUGACACACACACACACACACAUCCAGUUCUCUUCACGCACUUCACAAUGAUAGAUGACACUGUUACAACACUUCCUCCGUACAACUAGAGGAGUGUGUCUGGACAACAUCUCUGAGGGCAAAGGGCAAAGAAUGUUAUUAUCAUGGCUACCUUUGCCAAAAACGUGAUUUAUUGGGUGUUAUUGCUGAUGUACAGCAAAGACAGAGCUGAACCCUGCUGGAGCCAGCCCAGACUCAGUCUGUUCCUUUAGUGCACCUGUGGGUUGCCAUAUAUUGGACCACAUCACAGUUCAGUGAUUUUUUUUGUGUCUUUAAAAUGGUUGCACACUUGCCGACUGACUUGUAAAUAUUCAGCAAGGGCUAAAUAACUGUGUAAAUAAAUGAAAUAAAGCAAAGACUGUUUAGCCUUUUCUGCAUUUAACUCCCCCCUCAGCCCCACUGACAUCCAAAGGUUUCAACAGAGCUUCAGUAAAAAAGAGCAACUCAUACUGGCAAACGCCCACUGUCCACUGUGAUGGGAUGACUGAAACAUGAGAUUUAUGCCCUGAUUGCAUUUGACUGAUUGCACUGACCCAUGUUGUAUAACACCACUGUAAUAAAACACUGUUCCUACGUUACAUCAUAACUCAAACUACUAAUGGGUGAAAGAAGACACCUCAUAAAUUUUUGAUGCGUACGCAAAACAAAUAGUACCUGAUCUAUCAGACAGAUGUUUUGGCAGAUGUUUCAGACAUAAUAGACCAUCUGUGAUGCCUUUCUUUUCAGAGAACAAAUUCAUAUAGUUGAAUCAGACUUGAAAUAGCUUUAUGUGACUGCAUUGCAUCCUUUAAAAUCCUCUCAUAAAAAGUAGGGCAAACAGGUGAAGGCUGCUAACUUGUCCUAGGCCACACAGGAGGCAGAGGAUGAUGUGAUUUAGGAUUUUAAUCCAGGAAAAAAAAAAAAAUAUGGGUAGCAACAUGAUUAUUACCAGAGCUACAUUCUGCUUGUUGUAUGUUGGACUGCACUUUUCUUUUUUUUAAUGCUGUGUCUGUUUUUUGGAGGUGAAAAAGUAACUUCACCAGGCAUCGAGGAUCUUAUAUAAAUUAGAAAUUCACACAGGUUCCCUCUAUAGUAAGUUGUGAUGGACAUGUGAGUUCUGAGUGACCUUAGACUGAUGAAUGAUAUUGUUUAAAGUCGUGUGGGACCAGGAUGAGAUUCCUUUUAGAUCCCCCUGUCAUAUGUGUAGUGUAUCUCCAAAAUGUAUUAGAGGAUUACUACAGUUCAUUCUUAUAAUGUGCUGCUCCAUCUUCCAGAACAAGCCAGGAAAUCUUCGUGUAAACAUGGCAGACAUCCACAGCGAACUGAGUCACAUCCAGGGCAGACUGAACAGAAACACUGAGAAGAGCUAAAACGUGACGGAGGAAUCACCGGAGCGGCACAAAAAAAGGGAUAGUGUCUAUAGUGGGAGGGGAGAGAAAGCGAGGGAGGGUGAGAGAGAGACUAUGUGGAGGAGUGGAGGCAGUGGCCUAGAUGUGUGAAACGCCAGGGGUUGCUUUUUUGGUUCACUGGUUGACUACCAGGGGCAACUCAAUAGUAGACCAAAUGUAAUGGGGAAGUUCUGAACAGCAAAACUAAAAGAAAAGUUCUUAACCACAUAAUUUGGCAGUUUUUAAAUUAUAUGCAUACUUCUUGAACUUUUGUUUUGGGAGGCAAGCAUCACUGACCAGUAUUUUGGUGUCAGCUGCGCACAGACAACACGCAUUAUCAUGGGAACCAUAGGUGGAAUAUGUAGACUAGACUGAGACACUCACACAGAGACUAAAUCUAUCAUUUUUUUCCCCCGGACGGUCAGGGCAGUAUUCCGCUUGACUGAUAGCCAUGGCCUUGGAGGCAGACAGCGACAGAGGUUCAUCAAGAAGCGCUCAUGAAAAAUGUCCCCGGGCAGCGUUGGAGCGCAACGGCUACGUGAAGACAUGUGUCACCCCGUUGCACCAGGACGCAGGGAGCCAGUCGUGGCUGAGACUCGCCGUGACAUGGACUUGCCGAGGAGUGUCGUCUGCGGUCUGCGUUGCCUCCGUCUCCGUUAUUCUCGCUCUGCUGCUCAGAUUGGUCGACUGGGAUGCAGGCAGCAGCAGCAGCAGCAGCAGCAGCAGCAGCAACGGAAAUAGAAGCAGCUCUGACUCUCGUCUUCAUUUCGCGGCGGGCUGUGCAGUGGAGCUGCUUCUGACUGCGUGUUACUGCGUCUCCCCAGUUUUUACGCUCGUAUGUGCCUUCUUCUGGGUCGGGCUGUAUCUGAUUCGCUGCGGGGUGCUCAUCCGUACCGCGUUUUUUUUGUUAGCGGUGUGCCACUUGGGCGAAGCCGCGGCGCAGUCCCUCCUGCGCGGCGCAGAGGAGCAGCUGCUGUCCCUCCCCGCAACCCUGGUAGUCCUCGGCUGCCUGGGCAGCGGGGCUCUGCUGGUCCUCCGGGUGGGUCAGGGAGUGUCGAUCCUCAUCUUCAUUAGCGUCAUCAGGGCCGUCUCCCUCGUCUCUCUGAGCAGAGUCCGGGCCAGCUGGAGACCCUACCUGGCCUACCUGCUGGGGCUGCUGGGGGUUUUGCUUGCGAGGUAUGCUGACCGGCUCCUGCCGGCCUCAGGGACCAGCGGGACGGGGUGCUGUGGCUCUGUGACCGGGGCGAAGGAGGAGGACAUCCCUGUCUUCAAAAGGAGACGGAGGUCCAGCUCCAUAGCGGCCUCGGAAAUGAUGGCUCAUUGUCAGAGCAACAGCAAGUCCCACCGCAGGACUUCGCUGCCCUGCAUUCCGCGGGACCAGAUUAUGUGCCAGCCAGAAUGGGACUACAAGAGAGCUUUGAGCAGAUCCCAGUCUUCGGGCACCAGUGUGGUAGUGGACAUCGCGGUGAUGGGUGAGGCCCAUGGUUUGAUCUCAGACCUGCUGGCAGACCCCUCGCUGCCCCCUAACACCUGCAGCUCUCUGAAGGCCGUCAGCAACCUCCUCAGCACCCAGUUCAGCCUCCAGCCACUGCACCGGCCCCGCAUCCCUGCAGACACACACAUCUGCUCUGACUCUGAGGAGGGGCCCGAAAAAACAGAGAGACUUGCCAUUCCAAAGCGUCUAAGGCGGAGUCUGCCCCCAGGGUUGCUGAGGAGAAUCUCAUCAACGUGGACCACAACCACCUCAGCUACAGGGCUGCCCACCAUCGAGCCGGGCCCUGUACGCCGAGACCGCUCAGCCAGCAUCAAACACACCACAGACAGUGAAUCAUGGAACAACUCAGUGAUGAUGACCAUCUCGAAGAGCCGCUCCAUGUCUGCCUCCUGUGCUGCCUCCGUCACCUCCAACCAUCUCUACAGCAAACCACUGGGAAGACCAGGUUUCCCCCCCUCCAACGUAUCACCUCUGGGCUCUCCGUGCCCAUCUCCUCCCGUCCAGGGCACUCCUGUCUCCAGCCCUACGAUAAAGACAUGUUCAGUGCAGCUUCCUGAGCCGACUGGGCCACUAACAGAGCGGGAUCCUGGCUCUGUGGCCCCGAAGAGCCAUCACAGAGCCUUAACUCAUAGCCAGAGCGCCCCAAGCUCCACCACCCCUCAUUGGCGGCCUCCAUCACUCUGCGGCAGCUGUGGCCGGCCGUUCAACAAUCGACUAAACCAUGGGGUAGAAUCUGUCGACAAAGGAGACAGAAUACCCCAUCCAGAUGAGCGCGCAGUGGCUUCAUCAGACUAUGACAGCACCUACGACAGCACCUAUGAGACCAACCACAGUGACAGCAGCGACUUUGCACAGAAUGAAGAGGAGGGAGAAGUAAGCAAGAAGCCACCUGAAGCAAGGGAAGGGUGCAGGGAGUAUCCAACAGAAGGCAUUCUUCUUCACCCUCUGCUGCCAUCACCAGAGGAUAAACCGAUCUUGGCCCUGGAGGCUCUAGUGAUGCCAGGCCUGGAGCCUGUGAUGAGUCAACUCAACAACUGGAAUUUUCCGAUUUUCAGUCUAGUGGAGAAGACUGACGGCAAAACAGGCUGCAUCCUCAGUCAGAUUUCCUAUCGGCUCUUUGAGGACACAGGUCUGUUUGAGACCUUCAGGAUUCCUGUACAAGAGUUCAUGAACUACUUCCAUGCUUUGGAGAAUGGUUACAGGGACAUCCCUUAUCACAAUCGGAUCCAUGCCACUGAUGUUCUGCAUGCUGUUUGGUACCUCACCACUCAGCCUGUGCCAGGUCUGCCCACCCUGCUGACUGAGAACGGGAUACACACUGACUCAGAGAAUGGCAUUACACCUGGUGCUACAGGCUUCCUGGUGUCCCAGAUGAACUCUGUGCUGGAGGAAGGCUAUGGUUCCCUGGCUGGCCUUAUCCCUGGCCUGGAGCUCAUGGCCCUGUAUGUAGCUGCUGCCAUGCACGACUAUGACCAUCCUGGAAGAACCAACGCCUUUCUAGUAGCUACCAGUGCACCACAGGCCCUUCUAUACAAUGACAGAUCGGUCUUAGAAAAUCAUCAUGCAGCUUCAGCUUGGAACCUCUUUAUGUCUCGGCCCGAGUAUAAUUUCCUGGUUAAUCUUGAACAUGUGGAGUUCAAGCGCUUCCGCUUCCUAGUUAUUGAAGCCAUCCUGGCCACUGACCUCAAAAAGCACUUUGAUUUCCUCGCAGAGUUUAAUGCAAAGGUGGGUGAUGAAGGAGUGUCUGGUAUUGAUUGGACCAACGAGAACGACCGAUUGCUGGUGUGCCAGAUGUGCAUCAAGCUGGCCGAUGUCAAUGGACCACUGAAGUGUAAGGAGCUACACCUGCAGUGGACGGAGGGGAUCGUCAACGAAUUCUACGAACAGGGUGAUGAAGAAGCAAGCCUGGGCCUUCCCAUCAGCCCAUUCAUGGACCGGUCCGCUCCACAGCUCGCUAAACUGCAGGAGUCGUUCAUCACUCACAUAGUAGGACCUCUGUGCUCCUCCUACGACUCUGCUGCUCUUAUGCCAGGACGCUGGUUCGACCCACCUGAGGGAGAGAUGGAGCCAGAGGAGGCAAAGGAAGAACAAGUUACAGAAGAGGAGGAAGAAGAUACAGCAGAUGAGGACGCGUCAACAAGUUCCGACAACUCCCAGCGGCAAGAAACCAAAAAGGUGAGCAGGAGAAAAGUGUUUUGCCAGAUCACGCAGCAUAUUUUGGAAAACCAUGAAAUGUGGAAAAGAGUGAUCGCCACAGAAGCCCAGGAGGAGGCCCAGAAAGGGGACCCGAACUGCAUCGGCAGCCCCACAGAUCCAAUCACAGCCAUUCACGAGGAAGAGGAAGAGCAAGCAAGCAAAGAGGAGUCUUCGACUGACGGCCUUGAUGAAAGGGAAGAGGUGCCGGCUUUAGAGGAAGAGGAAAUCCUUUCGCAAUCAGAGACUUCAGGGGAAAAAGAGGAUGAACCAGAGUGAUAUUAUGAACUUUGACCUCCUCUUAAACCAGGAAUCUGAACGUUGUCUAAAAAUGUUUAUUUGUUUCCUAACUAAACUCUUGAUAUCGUAGCCAGCACAUCACUUUGACACAACACUGUAGAAGAUGUUUUGGGUAAAAUGUGCCUAACAAAAACAGGGUUUGAGGACAGGGAUGAUGCAUGCCCAGUGCAUCUGACAAGGAGAGAGAGGUGAGAUGGGCAAAAGAUGAAAUGACUAUGAGGCCGAAAAAGAAGCUGAAAAAGAAAAAGAGAAUGAUUGGGACUGUAUUUGUUUUUGUUGUAGUGUUUGUUUUAGUCUGGAUCUGGUGCCCUGCCCUCACCCAGGCUGCCCAUCCUGCACUAUGAGCCAACCACGCUGAUUCACUCAUUCACUCUACCAGUGAGUAAUACACUGUCACAAGUCCCCCCACCCACCCUUCUUCUUGUUGCUCCCAUGCUAUCAGCACACUGUGGAGCCCCCGGCUGGUUGAGGAUGUGCAACAAGCCCCUUCUCCUUGAGGACAAUGGGAUGAAAGCCAGGGAAAAGGCUGUGUCCACUGAGGCUCAGCCGAGUGGAUUUCAGAGGGAGAUGGAAAAAAAGAGCCAGUUGUAGUACAUUGUGUAUCCAGACAAACACCCACACAAGCUUCACAGACGCACACUCACACAGGCAUAUACACAAUGCUACAGUAGAAACACAUUCCAUACACAGAACUGAUAGAAGUUUAACAAAGAACCCUGUUGCUAUAAAAGCUUUAUUCUCACUCAAAGAAAAACAUACAAAACAAGGUUUUGUUCAUGACAAACAAUGCUUUUCCCUAGUCGCAUGUUUUCUCCCUGUCUUUUGUUACGCAGAGUCAGUCCAGCACACCAACACAUUUCCAGGGCACACAACUCAGGAAAGCAGAGACCCAUAGAGAAAAAAAACACAAAAAGGACUUGCAGUGUCCUUGUCCUUUUAAUUGCCACUGCUUCAAUUCGAUUUUCCUUCUGUGCAGUAUGAGAUGUUAUUGAUUAACUGAUGUCGCUAGAUACACGGUUCCCUUUGUGCAUGACAAAGGAACCACGAGGUAAACAAGAUUAUUGAUCACAUUACACUGUCUGUCAACUACAACACAGCAGAUCACACUGUUAACCACAUUCAAACUAACAUACAAAGCACAAAACUAGGUAAUAAGGUAAUGUGUUUUGUUAAGUUAAGCAUUUGUGUUCAUAUUUUAUGUAACUUCCCACCGUGUUUGCUUAAUCUUUACAGUAAUGUACUCUCUCAUGAAUUCUUUAUAAUUUCUAACCCGGUAUGUAGGCCAAAUGCUUCAGAAAGUGAGUAAUCCAGUAAGCCAUAGUGGCCCAGGCCAGAGCUGACUCACGGCUCCAAAUCACCCGAGCGGAUUUACGUCAAUAAGACAUAAAAAGGAAAAAAAAAAAAAAAAAAAACCCUGUGGUGCCUAUUGCCAAGCAGGAGGUGCUGUGUGCAAGAAACUACGUAGAAGUCUCAAUCAGAUCUAUAAUAUUCAAACUGUCAUUAUUUUGUUGCUCAAAAAGGCUUAGAAAGUUAUAUGAAAUGAAUAAUGUACCCAGCUUACUCUUAAAACAGAAAAACAACCACAGCUACGUACCUGUAUACUAUUAUUAAUAUAUGUUGUUAAUUAUUCAUUAAGAUAAGUUAAGUCAAAUUUAGGUUUAAUGAAGUGCAACCCUCAUAGUUUCAAAUGAUGCUGCCGGUGAUCUUCUGUUACAUUGUCAAAAUCAAAAUCAUAAUAAUAAUAAUAAUAAUAAGAGCAAAUAAUAAUGGCAGAGUGAGAGAUGGAAGGAUUUUACACAUUGAAGAAGAUGUCUUCAUUUUGCAUAGUUUCUUUAGGCCAGCAUACUCACCACACCUCUGGAUGUUUUUUCUCCAUUUGUAGUCCUCAGUGUCACACGGCGCAUGGCUUAACAGGUGGUGUCAUGCUGUCCUUUGAUGUCCUCAGAGAUUCAGAUUGGUGGUAAUGGAGAAGAAGUGUGAAGAAGGAGAACAGCCUUAGUAAUGAGGCUUAGUAAUGAAAGAGGAAGGAGGAGAAGAAGAAGCUUUUUAGCUUGACUUGCAGCUGCUUAUGAGGGGGUCAGAGGGGGCUCAGAUCUUUUUUCACAUUUCUGCAGAUCCCUCUGGAUGUAACUCUUUGAAGAUGAGCCAGUUUGUUCUGAUUGAAAAUCAUGUGAUGAUUUACAUUUCCAAGUCUGCAAAAUGUAUUACAGGGACGUGCAGUACAGUGUAUUUGAUGUGACAUUGUAAAAGCAACCGGGGCACUUUGCGGAUUCAGAUACUGAGAUCUGUAGCAGGUACUUUGUGUCAAAACUGCAAAGUGAACGAGGGCAUAUGUUAAGUCAAUUGAAAGACUUUCUUGGACAUAGACAGCACUUUUUGGAAAAGCCUGACACUUAAGUCUGGCUCAAGAGGCGAGGUGGAUGAGGUGGACUUACAUAGAGCAGAGUAGGGUGUGGUUAUAUCUGCAUGAGUUGUCAGAGGCUUGCAACACUGUAGUUCCAAAAAAAAAAAAAGACAAGCUGAUGUGCAUAUGAGAUUAGAGAAGAUGCCCAGGAGUACCGAGAUGUGUUAAAACACCAUAAGCAUUCACAAACAAAAUAGCAAACACAUAAUUUGAAGCCAAACAAGUUGAGAGUGGCGGGUGAGCUCCUGGGUGAAGGUCAGAAAACGCUUUUAACAUCGAAAAAGUAACAUCAACGACAAGAAAACUUUAUACGCUGGAUGAAAACAGACUAAGAGACGGAUUAAACAGGCUUGUUUGCAGACACUGUUUAAGUUUUUACUGGCUGAACUUGCCCCGCUGUGACCCAAUUUCUUAACUCAAUUAGAGUUUGCUAACGUUAAUACAGUCUAAAUCCUCAGCUGUAUCCAUUGCACUGUUAUCAAAAUGCCCAUUGUGCAAAGGAGAGCUAAACUGUGCAACAUAAUGCCCUUGACUGCUUAUUCCCUGUACUUACAAAAGGGUGCAGUGGUUGAGCUUGUUUUUACUGCUAUGAAAAAGAAAGCCUUUGCUAACCAAAGCCUGAGCUUAUUGUUCAUUUUUCAGUUCAUGUCGAGUGCUCUUAAUAGGUGUUUUAGGUCUGUUUAUUUAUUUAUUUUAAUUUAGAAUCAUUAUUGCAGACAACAAAGGAACUUAAAAAAAAAAAAAACUUAGCUGGGUUUCGUUUUACAAACUACAGUCCAGCAUAAUACACAAUUAAAAGCAAAAUUACCUCCAGCGUUAAUGUGAAUCAGACAGGAAGCCCUGGGCAAAAAUAGUCCGUAAUAAAAAGCUAAUGUUGCUUAGCAACAGAAAAAAAGGAAAAGGCAAAGUGAUAUCUGACCCCUGAAACAAUUUGUGUCUUACCUGCCAACACAAAUGGCAGCAGUGUAUUUUGUAGCGUUUGCAGCAAGACGCACAAAUGUCUUCCAGUAGCCUCUCCUUGCAUUGGCUUGUCAUGAUAAGUGCACCUGUAGCAGCAGAAGUGAACUGUAAACAUCAGCUGACACACAACAGAGCUACAAAGCUGCGGGUCAUAAGGAAUCGACUGGGAUGUUUUAGUUGAGCGUUUCUGAAGCUCUGUAGAGCAACAUAGCUUUCAAACUUCAGUUGUUCUAAAAAUAACCAAGACUGUAAAAAGCUCUGUGAGCCUCCUGCCUCCAUAAGGUAUUUAAGCAGACAUGAAUGAGCUUGAGUUCCAUCCACUGUAAAUACCCUUCCCACCACAGUGUGUCGAUGCUUCACUUGCAGUCUAAUGUGCAUACCAUUGCAAUGGGUUUUUUCCUCACAUCUCACACAUGUACUAUCCCGUGCUCCACCCUUCAGUUUUCUGCUUGAAUUCUAUGUAAUCAGAGAAAUCAAAGCUCACUAGGAAUCAAUAGACGCUCCCCACCUCUGAUGUCCCCUCGUAGCCCCGCCUCCUCUUUUUACUCUACAGUGCAGCAAUCAAAGAGACUUAAUCAAAGCUGUGACAGAAUUUGGGGUUGCUAAUUUUUGUCGUAAACAAUCCAAAAUAUUAAAGCUUGUGUAUGUAGCCGUUUAGGGAGUUUUGAGUAAGCUAUUUGAGAGUGGUCAGCUUGUUUCUUUCAGGUAAUUUGCAAAUUACACCAAUCAUACAGGGUUCAAUCAUACAUAUCACGCAAACUUAACAUAGUUCCUGACAAUUUUUCCUAAAUUUCCAGGCAGCCACUGGUUUCCUAUUAUUUCAGUACAGUAUGUAAAUCUAUUAGCACACUCUUGAAACUUGCAAGAUCUUUGAAUUAUUUUUGACAGUGUUUUAUUAUUGUUACAUCCAUAAUGCAGUUUAAGUGUAGAUUGAGUUGAGAAUUCAUCAUUACUGCAUUAUUUCAUCACCUAACAAUAACAUUACAUAUAUAUAUAUAUAUAGACAUGACUUUCACUGAGAUGGAUUACAUAAUUUUAAAACAUUGUACGAGGAUAAAUAGAAACCAAUGGAUACCUGGAAGAGUCCGCAGUUUUUGCAAAGUAGUUACUUGCGAUGUUAAGUACACAGUAAUUAAUUUGUAGUAAAUGGGUCAACACAUGUAAAACCACUGGAAUGGUUCCAUAAUCUCUGUUGGGAAGCAUUGUGAUUAAAUAAUUUCUUUAAUUUACUGUAGAUUAGAUGGAGAUUCUUGACCACCAUGGCAUAAAAGCUCAUGGCAUCUGUUGGCUUUUAGGUCUUGGUCAUCAUAGGUACACUGGCCAAUGGUUUGUAUCUUAACCCUACUUCCUCUUGUUUUACAAUAUAUAAAAUCUCAGCCAGAAAACAAAAGUCCAGAGUCUUAAAGACAAACUUUUAGUUUAUCAAAGCCAGUAUAAGUGGUUUCUUGUAAAGAACGAUAAGAAGGGGAUUGCUGCACACUGGAUUAACUUGUGCAAACCAAAGAAACUUUUUGAACUUUGUGGUUUUUUUGUGAUUUGCACAAAAUGAGCCCUAAGAAAGGAGCAUGUUUCUUGCAUCUUCUUUUUUAUCAGUGUUAUCCAGAACCCAGUGAGGAUGUCUCGAUAUGCAUUUACUGCGUCCUCAUGCAAAGACAGGACAGAUUAAAGCAACAUAAGAACCAUUUUAGCGUUCAUCUAACAGAAUGGAGCUCAUGGUGUUGUACUGUCUGUUAUUUCACUGCUGUGUCAAUAGGCAGCAGUAGCACUACAAUGGAACUGACUAACUGUUCUGUUCUCAGACUGAAGCCCUUGUAGUUUCUUUUUGAUGGUUUGAACCAAAAAUAUUCCUUUUUGUAUUGUUUGUUGUUUCAGCCAUUUUAAAAGGGAGCUAUGCUCCUGUGCCAUAACAUUUUCACAUAUACGUAUGUAUGUAUGUAUGUAUGUAUACAUUGUUUGAAUGCUAUAUGCAUCAGCUUUCCUUGUUUGCCACUAAAGGAAACCAAAACAAACUUUUUUUCACCACCUUUAAAGCAAGACAAACAAGGCUGGUAUGUUUUUAUCUACUAUAGCAGGCGCUUCACAGACUCAAUUCUUUUCUUCUCUCCAGUAUCUUGCACUUAACACAUGUAGCAAUACCUACAGGAUGGGGAAAUUGUGUGUUUCACCAGUAUUUGUUUAAGUGGAAUAUGACAUUUUAUUUCUAGAUAUUGUUUGAAUUUGUAUAAAAAAUAUAUACUGUACAGAUUCAAAAGUAUAUUAUAACAAAAAAAACUUUUAGAAAAAUAUUUAUUUUUACCGUUUUGUAAUUUAGACACAAUACUGUAGCUCCUCUAUUGCCAGACUUACUGGAAGUGCCUCUCGACAAUGUAUUACAAAGUAACUAUACAAUAUAUUGGGAUUAUUAGAACCUGUCACUAGCAGAGCAGUGUUGAUGUUGUAAUGUGAAUAUUGUUGAAUAAUAAGAUUUAUAAAUGCUGCACACGUGUCUGUCUUGUUCUUAAGCCAUUUCUGUCAACAAGUCAUGGGAGGAUUGCCAGUUAGACUUUACUUCAUAUUUAUAACACUGUAAAAUACCAGUUUGACUUCAUAUGAGUUGCAAUUGUUCCAAUAACACUGAUCAUAUAUUUUCAGCUGGUAAUGAGUAACAUGUACUCUAUAUACUUGCUUGAUUAAAGUAUCUCUUCCAGU